AUGGUGACACUAGUGGUAGGUGCCGAGUGCUAUGAUAUAAUGGCCAUGGUGGGGAAGGGGACUUUUGGACAGGUGAUCCAGGGGCAGUGCAGGAGCACUGGGGAGAUGGUGGCUAUCAAGAUCCUGAAGAACUGUGAUCACGAUGGCCAAAUAGUGAAGAAUGAACUGAGGCUGCUGCAGGCUUUGCGGGAGGGGGACACAAAGGACUCUCACAUCAUUCAUUUCCUCGAGUCCUUCAGUGACACGGUCUGGACCUACCUGGUCUUCGAGCUGCUGCAGCAAAACCUCUUUGACUUCCAAAAGCAAAACAACUUCUCACCACUGCCAGUCCGACACAUCCGAACCAUCACAGCCCAGGUGCUGGUGGCACUGGUGAAGCUGAAGGAGCUCUCCAUCAUCCAUGCUGACCUUAAGCCAGAGAACAUCAUGUUAGUGGACCAUGCACGCUAUCCAUUCCGCAUCAAGCUUGUUGACUUUGGUUCGGCUAUCCUCCUCCCUGAGGUCUGCCAUGUCCAGGAGCCCUAUAUCCAAACUCGCUUCUACCGGGCACCAGAGAUCUUGCUGGGGUUGCCCUUCUGCGAGAAGGUGGACAUCUGGUCUUUGGGCUGUGUGAUGGCCGAGCUUCACUUGGGUUGGCCACUCUACCCUGGCAAUGAUGAAUAUGACCAGGUAUGCUACAUCUGCUCUACCUUGGGGCUACCCCGGGGUGAGCUGCUCUGUGCUGCCCAAAAGACACAGUCCUUCUUCCAACGUGCGCCAUGUUCCACUGGCACCUGGCAGCUCAAACCACCAGGGAAGGUGAUGGCAAAGCCGAUGGAGAGGAGGGAGCAUAUCUUUUCCUCACUGGAUCAGUUGGCAGUGGUGAAUGUCUGCCCGAGGCCUGAUCCUGAUCAGGAGGAGCUAGCCAAGCACUGUGAUCUGUACAGGAUGGUGGAGCUGGUCAAGAGGAUGCUCACUUGGGACUCGCAUGAGCGAAUCACACCCAGUGCUGCCCUUCAUCAUCCCUUCAUCUCCAUGAAGGAGGUGAAGCCCAGCUUUAAGGCCACCCAGUACUACCAGCUCAGUCAGGAAGACCUGAGGGCAUCCUGUAAGGAUUCCAGCAUAAUCAAGAUCUUCCCAGGCACAGAGAAAGGUGCCUUCAUCCCUGCCAGCCAGGGAGGCAUCCAGAAAGCCACUGCUCAGAUGGAUGGGCUCAGCCUGGCUGAGCCAGCUGGGGACACUGGUGACAAAUGUCAGCAGGACAUCUGUCAAGCCCCCAGUCUCGUCCACUGUGGAAGCCAAUACUGUCAGCAUCACCGGUGUCCCCAGAUGGAGCCCACCAAGGGUCACUUGGCUGUGCCAUGGUCUCCCAGCAAAAUGAAACGAGAUACCUCUCUCUGGGUGCUGCACCUGGAGAACGUGAGCCCCUCAGAGGGGAGCUGA